AAAGAGCAACACUUGUCCCAAAAAGUCACAGGAGUGGUCACAUUACUCAUCAGUUCUGUCAUUUAAUUCUGAGAAGGUGUCAGAUUUCCUGAAAACAAAUCCUAUAAUUCUAAAUAAAAGUAACAGAAUCAAACAGUUCUAACACAAAAUGCAGAAUCCAAAUGAGGAUACAGAAUGGAACGAUGUACUCCGAGCGAAAGGAAUUAUCCCGCCAAAGGAGGCGGAGAUAUCAGAGGACCAGAUAGUUAACAUGAUAGAGCAGACCAUUCAGCAGAAACAGGCUGAAAAGGACAAGCAACUAUCAGAAUUAGAUUUAGAUGGCCUUGAUGAGCUCGAAGAUUCGGAAGACGAGGCGGUCAUAGAGGAGUACCGGCGGCGGCGCAUCGCCGAGCUCAAGCGACUAGCUGAGAAGCCGAGGUUCGGAGACAUCCGGGAGGUGUCUGGCCAGGACUAUGUGCAGGAAGUCAAUAAGGCUGGGGAGGGGAUAUGGGUGGUUAUACAUUUGUAUAAACAAGGCAUCCAGCAAUGUGCCCUCAUCAACCAGUUCAUGCGCCAGCUAGCAGCCAAGUUCCCCUACACCAAGUUCCUGAAGGCAGUCGCCCAGACGUGUAUCCCCAACUUCCCGGAGAGGAACCUGCCCAGCGUGUUCGUGUACUUCGAGGGUGACAUGAAGAAGCAGUUCAUUGGAUCUGCUGAUUUGAGAGGAACCUCACUUACUGUUGAUGAGUUUGAGUACUUACUUGGCCAAGUUGGUGCUGUAGACACGAAAAUAACAGAGGACCCCAGACCAAAGAUUAAAGACAAAUUGUUCACUGACCUCGGCUCCAAUGACUGGUGAUAACUGGUGAUUAGUGCAGUGUGGUGAUUACUGGUGAUUAAUGUUCCCAGUGGACUGUCGACGCUUGGUGCGGGUUCUGUGCUUUACUUGUGCAAAUUAUUUAUUUUUAAUUAGUGAAUGUUUAAGUAUUAUGUAAUGAAAUUAUUUUAUUUACUACAAAUACAUACAGUUUGUUGUAUAAA